UAUAUCUAUAUCUAUCAUGAUUGAUAAAACAAUUUUCCAUUGUGGUCUGUGAGCUGUCUAAAUAAUUCAUAUUACAGAAUAGAGGCACAGAAUAACUGUGUUAUUCUGUGAUAGAGGUACCUACUUAAGCAGUCUUCAGUUGCACUGUUCACAUUCAACAUAUUAAAUAUUUCAUUUAUUUCAAAAUUAGAUCUCGGCCGUAACAAAACUUGUUCGAGGCUGCUGAGUGUUGACCGGCAUCCAACGUGAACUAACAAUUCUUAAAGGUUUAUAUAUUUUAAUAUAAAUCAUUAUAUUUUUUAUUAUUACGGAUUCCCAUGUUCAAUCUUCAAUAUUAGGAGGUUAACCAUUAUUAAUACACAAUUUAUGUAUUGCUCAAUGUAAGUCGAGUUCAUAAAUUAUAAACAUUUUAAAACAACAAUGUCUUCGGAUAUUCCAAAAUAUGGUUGGAAAGUGGAUUUUGACAAUAAAUACCCAGAUCCUAGAACACCUACAUAUAUACCAAGGAUCAAACAAAUCAUUCAAAUAUUACCUCUAAUAAUUAGGUACGUUAUUUACAUGCUAAUGUGUUACAUAAAAGGUCAAAAGCCUAUAAUGGAUUUCUUAUUUCCAAUUCGAUCACAACACAUGUAUGGAGUACCAUUAGGUGGUAUUGGUGGUGGAACUAUUGGACGUGGGUUUAAAGGAGAAUUUUGUCGUUAUCAAGUUGUACCUGGUAUGUACGAAUAUAAAACUAUUCGUGCCAAUCAGUUCAUUGUCACUAUACAAAAUUCUGAAAAUAUUACUGUUUACAACAAUGUUUUGUCAUCUUUAAAAUGUGACAAUAAAACUUUAUAUAAUUGGAAAUGGGAUUUUCCAACAAAUUGUGCUAAAUAUACUGGACUUUACCCCAGAUCAUGGACUGAAUAUUUAAUACCUGAACUCGACAUCAAGUUGGUCUGUAAACAAAUAUCUCCCGUGAUCCCAAACAAUUAUAAAGAUAGUUGUGUACCAGGUGGUGUUUUUAUAUGGACUGUAGAAAACAACAGUAAUUCACAGUAUAACAUCAGUAUUACAUUUACAUUUGCCAGUGGAAAUGGAGUUUCUUCUUAUAACACAGAUGAAGCAAGUUGUGAACCAUUUAAUGUAAAUGAAGAUGGAACUGAAGUUGCUGGUUCACUAAUACAUAACUUCUUUAAGAAUAUGAAAUGUACUUAUGUUAUUGGUGGAAAAGUCAAAGAUCGUGGAACACUUAGUCAAUUAAAUUUUGAUCCUAAUAGUAAUGGAAUGUCUGUAUCGAAGAGUUUGAAGUUAUUUGGAGAACUGAAAGAAAUGGGGGAAAAAAAAGAUAAUUUGUAUUCUAAAGGUGAAGAAGUUGCAAGUGCAGUUUGCAUCAAACAAUGUUUAAAACCUAAUUCGUCUGAGAAAUAUGAGUUUGGAUUGUUUAUAGAUAUGCCAAAAAUUAAAUUUCCUAUGUCUCAAAUUGAGUAUUUAAGGUAUUACACAAAAUUUUUUGGAUGUGAUAGUAAAACUGGACCUAAAAUAUUUCAUUAUUCUAUGAAAAAUUAUAAAAUCUGGGAACAAGAAUUAGAUAAAUGGCAAAACCCUAUUCUUAAUGACACGUUGCUACCGGAUUGGUAUAAAAGUGCUAUAUUUAACGAAUUAUAUUUUGUCGCUGAUGGUGGUUCAGUUUGGUUAUUACCUCCAAAGGAUGACCACUUAGACGUUACCGAUCCUAGAUAUGAAUAUGGUUACUUUGGAUAUUUGGAAGGUCAUGAGUAUCGUAUGUAUAAUACUUAUGAUGUUCAUUUCUAUGCAUCCUUUGCAUUAGCGACAUUAUGGCCCAAACUACAAGCAUGCAUACAGUAUAAAUUUCGUGAUACAAUUGAUGUUUCGUUGCAAAUAACUAGAAAACAUUUAUUUCAUGGAACAAGUGGCUUACGGAAAUAUAAAUACAGCGUUCCGCAUGAUUUAGGAGAUCCUGAGGAGGAUCCGUUUAGUUUAGUGAAUGCUUAUUUAGUGCAUGAUGUGUCUGAAUGGCGAGAUCUUAACUUGAAAUUUGUUCUUCAAUGUUAUAGAGAUUACACUUUGUUUAAGGACAAAAAAUAUUUGAUCGAUAUGUUUCCCCAGAUCAACCAUGUAAUGGAGAGAUGUUUAGUUUGGGAUACAGAUCAUGACGGCAUGAUAGAAAAUUCUGGCUCAGCGGAUCAAACUUUUGACACAUGGAUUAUGACUGGCGUCAGUGCUUAUUGUGGAGGAUUAUGGAUAGCAGCUCUUUACAGUACUAUUAUAAUAGCAACAAUAUUAGAAGACGAUAAAGUUAUAUCAAAAUACUCUGCAAUAUUAAUUAAAGCCAAAGAGUCUUUUAAUAAAGUUCUAUGGAAUGGCGAUUAUUACAAUUUCGAUUCAUCUGGCCAACCGCAUUCAAAGUCUAUUAUGGCUGAUCAGUUAUGCGGUCAAUGGUAUUUAAAAUGUUGCGGAGUGGAAGAAGAAGUUUUUCCAACCGACCAAGUUAUAAAAGCUCUAUCAACUAUAUACAAAAUGAACGUACAAGGAUUUAAUGGUGGUACAAUGGGAGCAGUAAACGGUAUGAUGCCUGAUGGAAACGUUGAUACAUAUUCGUUACAAAGUGAAGAAGUUUGGACCGGUGUUACUUAUGCCUUAUCUGCAUUAAUGAUCUCUCAUGGUUUAAGGGAAGAAGGUUUUAAUACCGCCAAAGGAAUUUACAACACUGUUUACAACAGUAUAGGAAUGGCUUAUGAGACUCCUGAAGCAUUCUAUUCAAAAAAAGCAUAUCGCUCAGUCGGAUACAUGAGACCACUUAGCAUAUGGUCUAUGCAACUUAUUUUAAAUAAUAUUAGUAAAAUCUAAUUCCAAUUGACUAUUUUAUAAUAAUGGUAGAUCACAUUUUUAGUACAGUGAAUAUGAAAAUAAAAACUAUUACAGAAGUAUUUAUAGAUGGACACAAUGCAAAACUACUACAGAAAUCCAAAGUGCAUGAUUGAUUUGAUAUGAUCGGAUUUAAAGUAUUUUCAAUUGGUUCCCACGGGCAAAGUUUACACGAUUCCUUAGUCAUUGGUAUUGCAUGCUCAUUCAAUAAAAACAUAACUUUAUUGCCUUCUCUACAUUUGUAAAACACGGCUAUGAAAUUUGAUGCAAAUGGGUCUAUGAAUGAUGUCCUCCAGUUUCUGCCUCUCUGCUUUUCAAAGUUACUACUCAAUAAUGGUAUGUUGUCUUUUGCAAUACCCAUACGAGUCACAAUACUCAAUACGUUAGGCGUAUGUCCAAAAUAAAAUACUCCUGAUGGAGUAAUUUGUCCUCUAGCGAUGUUUCUAAAUUACAUAACAGUAAUGUUAUAAUUUUAUAUAGCAUUAUGCACUAAUUUAUAUUUUUAAUGAAAUAAAAAAAAUUUUUACUUGAA